GCUCUUGGGGGAGACCCUCUCCUGGCCGCUGCCCGUUUGUGUCACCCAAAGCAUGUAGUUGCCCGCUCUUCUCUCUCUCCAGCCCACAACAGGGCUCCCGCGAUCUCCUUUCCUGCCCCCCUCUGGGACCCCCAGCGCCAUGUCGGGCUCCCUGAGCAAGAGGGGCGACCUGGCCAACGACAACAGCUGCCUGAGCCUGAGCCUGGGCUUGGUGGCUCCCGACGUGGGCCCGAUCCUGUCCCGCAAGGGCCACUGCGCCUACAGCUGUGCCGAACUGCAGGAGGUGCUGGGCCUCCCGCCGAGCGCGGAGGAGACCCCCUCCAACACCAAGUGGGUGAAGGACGGGCAGAACCAGCUGCGCCAGGCGGCCGAGAGGGGCCGGGACCAGAACCGCAACGAGCUGAGCCCCCCCACCAAGGAGCUGAGCACCCUCCUCAUCCCGCUGACGGGGGACGCCGAGCGAGAGGAGGAGGAGGAAGAGGAAGAGGAAGAAGAGGAGGAGGAGGAAGAAGAGGAGGAGGAGGACUCCACGCCCGUCCAGAGCGAGCCGGCGACCGAGUCGGAGGAGCAGAGCUCAGAGAGGGCUCCUCCGCGGGGGGAUCAGGGCCGCAGUGCCAGCCUCCUCUUUGGCAUGCGCCACAGCACUGCCAGCGACGAGGACUCCAGCUGGGCCACCCUCAGCCAGGGCAGCCCCGCUGGCAGCUCCCCCGACGAAGCAGACUCCUUCUGGCUGUGCAACUCUCUGGAGACAGACUCGGAUCUCCCGGCUGGAUGGAUGCGGGUUCAAGACACAUCCGGGACCUAUUACUGGCACAUCCCGACCGGCACCACCCAGUGGGAGCCCCCCUCGGGGGGCGGGAGCAGCGACUCCCCAGGAAACACCCCUUCCAAGGAGAGGCAGCUCACCUGGAUGGAGUUUGGGCAGGCUGAGCCCUCGGAGGAAGCGGCUGCGUUCUGGAAGGACGUCCCGUCGGAAGAGGGGGUCCCAGAGCCCCAGGAGGACAAGAAGGGCACGGUCGGCUUGUGCUUGGGGUCCCCCGGCACCUGGUCUCCCCUGGAAGAGGGAGGCGAGGAAGAGGAGCAGUUCCUGGGAGGCUCCCAGGGGUCCAAGUGCUUCUCCGUCCGCUCCCUGGGCUGGGUGGAGAUGUCCGAGGAGGAGCUGACUCUGGGGAGGAGCAGCGUGGCCGUUAACAACUGCAUCCGGCAGCUGGCGGGGCAGAACCCGGACCUGGGGGGCUCCUGGGAGGAGGGCAAGGCGAUGCUCCUGCUCCUGGAGAAUGAGACCCUGAAGCUGCUGGACCCCGAGGAGCAGCUGGUCCUGCACAGCCAGCCGAUUGUCACCAUCCGCGUCUGGGGGGUCGGGAGGGACAGCGGAAGGGAGAGGGAUUUUGCUUACGUGGCCAGGGACCAGCUGGCCCAGAUGCUGAAGUGCCACGUCUUCCGCUGCGACUCCCCAGCCAAGGACAUUGCCACCGGCCUCCAUGAGAUCUGCUCCAAGAUCAUGACGGAGCGGCGGAACGCCCGGCCCCCCCUGAACGGGAUGUCGCUGGACCACUCCAAGAUGGUGGACAUCCCCUUCCAAGUUGAGUUUCCAGCCCCCAAAAGCGAAUCUGUGCAGCGGUUCCAGGUCUUCUACUUGGGGAGUGUCAUCGUGGCCAAGCCUGUGGGCAUGGACGUCCUCAAUGCCGCCCUGGACGUGGCGCUGGCAGAGGGGGCCAGAGAACAGUGGACCCCCGCCCAGGUCAGCGUGGCCCCUGCCACCCUCACCCUCACCCACCAGCAGACGGAGGGGGUGCUGUGCGAGUGCCGGGUGCGAUUCCUGUCCUUCAUGGGCAUCGGGAGGGACGUCCGCACCUUCGCCUUCAUCAUGGCUGCCGCCCCGGGAAACUUCCGCUGCCACAUGGUCUGGUGUGAGCCCAACGCUGCCGGCUUGAGCGAGGCCGUCCAGGCUGCCUGCAUGCUGCGCUACCAGAAGUGCUUGGACGCCCGGCCCCAGACCACCAGCUCCUGCCUCCCGGCCCCCCCGGCCGACUCCGUGGCCCGCCGUGUGGGCUCCACCGUCCGGAAGGGAGUGCAGACCUUGCUGGGGAGCCUCAAGCCCAAGCGCCAGGGGGCUCAGACGCCGUGAGCGCCCCCUCACCAGGCCCGCUGCAAGGGCGAGCAGGAGGGUCCGCACAAGGGUCCCUGGCGGAUGAGGUCGGCCCCCCCAGCAGCCCGGCAGCUCUUGUCCCCCCCCAGCCCCCCCUCGGGGAGAGCGAGUGUGUGAGGUGCGUAUUUAUGAGGCGCGAGUGCGAGUGUGAAAGAGAGGAAUGCUGUGACUCUCACAUGGGAGCUGCUGGGGGGAGCGAGGGGGGUGCACAUAUCUAGGGCGCCUCUUCCGGGGGGGCAGCUGCGGCCUCCCCCCCCAAGUCGGGGCACCUGAUCUUAAGCUGCUGCUUUUAAUAGGAUAUGAAAGUGGAGGCUGGGGGGGUAUUUGGGGGGGUCCCUGCACUAGUGGGGGGCACUUGCACCAUUGCUGUGUCUCCCCACAGGUGGUCCCAGCAGACAGAGGCCCUCACUGGGGGGGGGGGAGGCCCCUGCCGUCUCUGC